CUCCCCGGCCUUGGGGAGACUUCCUCUGACUGAGGGAGCUUCCUUCCUCCAUCCAGCGCAGGCUGGUGGGAACAGCCCUGUCGUUCUGCCUGCCUCACUCUCGCAAGACUCUGCACAAGUACGGCAGGGCUUGGCCGAAAACGGGCAUCGCUGGGGAGGAGUCGGAGGAGACGAGGUCAUGGAACUAGGUCUUGGGUGACUGCAAGGAGCUCUUUUUGACGGAUGGAGAAGCAAGCACCUGUCCUCAGCUGGAAUUGACCUGGAUGAAAGAAACUGGAAGGGGUGUGGCCGGCUGUUUUCCCCAGAGGUGCCUCUUAGUUUUGGUUUUUCGUGUGGCGUCAAAGCGGCACUUGCGGAACGCUCCUCUCGCCGUCGGACGUCUUGGCUGCUGCCCGCAAGGAGAAGCUGAUUUUGAUCCUUUAGGUGACGGCUGAAUGCCAGACUUGGGCUGCUGGCGAUGAUGAAGAUGUUUGGGGAGAGCCGCUGGACCAAAGUCUUGACCGGCUGCUGUUUCUUUCCUUCACUCGCAAGUCUCCUUCUCCUGAGGAAGCCGAUGGAAAGAUCUGUUUUGUGACAGUCUCUGCCCCCCCUCCUUUCCUCCCUUCUCGACAUAGUUUAGGUAGGGGAGGACCAGAGGCAAGUUCAGACCAGGUGCACAGGCCUGGGCAGGUCCAUGCAGCUCCUGAUACAAUCGAGGAGGAAGAUCUGGGACAUCCUUUGAGGCGUAGGAUCGAAAGGCAGGCGAAGAAGAGGCCGGGACAGGAAAGGAAACUAAGAAAAUGUGAGCCAGCAGAGAAGUGUUGGGAAGCCCUCAGCCUGAAGCCCUCAUCCGGGAAUGCCAUUUGCAAAUCUGUAAUCUAGUCUGGGGAUUCCCUCCCCCCCCCCAUCAGGACUCAAAAAGCAGAGAAACUGCCGAAGAGGAAGCCCUUCUGCUGUUUGGAGGAAGUCCACCACCUCAGACACAGAGAAGUCAGCAUCUAUCAGUAUGGGAGGAAAAGCAAGAGAGCAGGGUUUCUUCUAUCAAAACCAGCCAGAUUCAUGAUCCAGCUGCUCACUUUGGAGGCUCCAGUAGGAAAGAGGUUUUCCUAAAGCUGCUCUCAGAAAGAAGACGUUGCUCCAAGGAAGCCACUUUAGGGCACAAGAAUGGAUUCCCUGGGAGGCAAGGAGGACAGAUAUGUCUUGGUGGAAUACCCCUUUGAGUACACCGCUAAGGAUGGGCAGCUCAUUUCGAUACAGCCCAACGAGAGAUACAUGCUUCUGAGGCGAACCAAUGACCACUGGUGGCACGUGAGGAAGAACAAAGAAGCCCGGCCUUUCUACAUCCCAGCAAAAUACGUCAAGGAACUGGGCUCUGUGACCCACACCAUGCCAUCCUCUGAGGAGCUGCCCUCCACAACCAUGUUGGAAAAUGUCAACUUAGAGGCCUCUAUCCGGGUCAGCCAGGAACCGCCAGCGGAGUACGAAUAUCGGUUUGUCAAUGCCAUUCCAGCGUGUGAGGUAGAUGCGGAGAAAGCUGGCUUUUCUUCCCCGCAGGGCUCGAUCUCCUCAGGGGUCUGGACGACGAUCCCCUUUGACGUUGGUGGGAACGCUCCGUCCCCCAUUUCCGGAGCGAGCAGAGCCACUCUUUCUGCCCUCAGUGCAUCUCAUGGUUCCCUGAAGCCUCGCCACACGACAGGUCCCGUGGGCUACAGCCAUUCCUCUGAACACAUAAGGUCUACGGUGUCCCUGGACGACUUGGCGAAAUUCGCGAUGCCCCCUGGCCAGGCGGGCGUUGGGAACUUGUACAAAGCUGCCUCGUGGAGUCCGGCUCGCCCGCUCCCAAAGAGCAACUCCGAAACCUUCCACAAAGCAGCGGAGGGAAGGUUGGAGCAGGGUACGCCAGAGCCCUGUGCCAGACAGCCUCAGCCAAGCAAGGAGGUGGCUGAAGAUCCUGUGUAUGUGAAUCUCCAGGAGCUCCGGUUGGAACGGAGUCCCUCCGCUGCGAGCAAAACUGAAUCCAUACCCCAGGCCCACCUUGGCAGCCCCCCGGCGAGCUGGGAGACCCACACGGACGCAGAAAGUGGCCGCUUGUUCUAUUACAACUCGGCCACCGGCCAAACGACCUGGGAGCCUCCCUUUGACAGUCCUGCCGGCGGCGGGAGUCCCCCUCCUUCUUGCUCUCCCUUGCUGGCCCACAGCCCUGCCACACCUGCCGAGUGGGACCAAUAUGUAGACGAGGCCAGCGGGCAGGUGUUCUUCUACAACACAUCGACGGGCGAGACGUCGUGGGACGCACCCCGAAUGGACGAAACCCUCAAUUAUCCGGAGAUGCAGCCUGCGUUUGUGCCUUACAGCCCUGUGGAUCGGAGGCCGCCAACUCCAGAAACUGACUACCCCAACCUUUCUCCUGAUGAACUUGAGCCCUAUCCUGAAGAAGAUUAUUCUCCGGUUGGCUCCUACCAGCCGCUGGACGGACUCUGCGUUCCCUCUGCAUACCAAGGCUGGCCGUCCUAUGGCAACCAGGAAGGACUGGUGUUUGAUGGUGACCAGUAUGCCUCCAACCCGGUCACUGCAUCCGGCCACCAUCACCACAGUACCAGCAGUGGGUCCAGCCUAGACAGCAGCCCUUUUGGAAACUGGGUACCCUUCUCUGGGCCAAAGGAGGGACAGUUAAAAACGCUUGAAAAGGCUGGGAUGCUCUUUCGGACAAAGACUGCUGAUAAAGGGAAACGCCAGAGGAAGAAUUGGAGUUCUUCAUGGACAGUCCUGGAAGGUGGUGUCUUGACUUUUUUCAAGGACUCAAAACACUCCACGUCUAGCAGUGUGAAACAUCCCUCCGUGUUGAGUAGCCCUGAGCACACUGUGGAUCUUAGUGGAGCAACACUUUCUUGGGCUGCAAAAGACAAGUCGAGCAAAAAGAAUGUCUUGGAGCUGAAGACACGGGAAGGAUCCGAGUACCUGAUCCGGCAUGAUUCAGAGUGCAUCAUCAGCACCUGGCAGAAGGCAAUUGCUGACAGCAUCAGUAAACUGCCUACAGAUUUCCCUCCGGAAGACAACGAGGAGAAUUCAUCGGAUUUGAGAUCAAAGGAUCAGCUAGGAAGCAACAGAGAGAAAGAGGGCGAGAAGAAAAGCCCAGCCUCCUGGCAUUCAUCCACCUCUCUCAACUCGGACAGCGAUUCCAGCAAAGUUCGCAACAAACUCCUGAGGUUUCUGCAGAGGCGGCCAACCCUUCAGUCCCUGCGGGAACGAGGCUACAUCAAAGAUCAGGUGUUUGGAUGCCCUCUGCAAGUUUUGUGCGACCGUGAGAAGAGUACUGUGCCUCAGUUUGUGAGGCAGUGCAUCUGCACUGUGGAGAAGCGAGGUUUGGAUAUCGAUGGACUCUACCGGAUAAGUGGGAAUCUGGCGACGAUACAGAAACUGCGCUACAAGGUGGACCAUGAUGAGCGCUUGGAUCUCGACGACGGCCGUUGGGACGAUGUCCACGUCAUCACCGGGGCCCUCAAGCUCUUCUUCCGCGAGUUGCCGGAGCCGCUGUUCCCCUUCAGCCAUUUUGACAGAUUCAUUGCAGCCAUCAAAAUCACAGAGCCCUCGAAGCGCAGCUACCGCUUACGGGAGCUGGUGAAUUCUCUACCUCCUGCUAACCACAAUACCAUGAGGGUACUUUUCCAGCAUCUCUGCAGGGUUAUAGAGUUCCGGGAGGAGAACCGCAUGUCCGUGCAGAGCGUCGCGAUCGUCUUUGGGCCAACUUUGCUGAAGCCAGAGGCCGAAGAAGGGAACAUGACUAUGUACAUGGUUUUCCAGAACCAGAUUGUGGAGCAAAUCCUUAGCCAAUACAGCUACAUAUUCCCGGAGAGCUAGGCCUUCCCAGCAGAGCGAGGAGCCUGGUUGAAUGAAGGAGCAGCUGCGACGCAAAGGGGCAGGUCCCAUCGCUGUGGGGACGACGGUGUUGCUGGGCAGUGCCAAGACUAGAGACAGUGAAGAUAUGGGAGGGAGGGAGAGAAACGACUAGCAAUAAAACUGUCAAUGUA